AUGGGUGCUUGCUGCUGUUUUUACUUUGGUGAAGGCCCUACCAACCUUGAUAGUCCUUCACCGAGAGUUCGGUACCCUGUGCAUAGCAAUCUUUCACGGUUUGGGGAUGCCUCUCAAGGGCUCUCGGAAAUAUCUCAAGCUGAUCAACGACCCCGAUGUUGCCAGUAUUGUGGUGCAGCACUUGAUCCUUCUUUGUUAGACGGACAUGAGGAGUCAUGCCGUGUGAAUCACAAAGCCUCCGCUAGCAGAACCUCGGCGCCGACGCCGAAGUUCAUCGUCGACGAUGAUACCGAUAUCGAAGAUGCUAACGAGGAUGAGCUCUGUGUCGUUUGUUUUCAACAUCGACGCUGCUACAUUUUUUUACCCUGUGGGCAUAUCGCCUGUUGCGGGGAGUGCGUGAAGCGGCUGGACGCGUGCCCAAUUUGUCGAGCAGCACGGAACGGCCUUUGCUACGUGCCCGCGAAUGUGAUCUCGCGAUACUACUGCAACAGUUGUGGGAAUUUUAUCGCCCCGACGCUCUUUGACGGACAUCGCGAAGCGUGCGCUUUGAUUCUCCGCCAGGCUAAAGAGCAGCACCCACCCUUCAGCGGCUCGAGCGACCUCGCCAAGUUGAGUACAAGUCAAGCUGGGGAGGAAGCUGUGAUUCAUGAGGAUGCUCGCUCAGCGAGUUCGGGCUCCUUGGACAAGAAGGAAUUAGAUGUCGACAUCGAAUUGAAGGUCGAGGAGCCGAAGCUUCCGCCAACGGUGCAUCCUAGCAAGCAUACCUCGGUGCGUUGCGUCGAGUGUGCGAAGGAGGAUUCUAAAUUAGUAGUAUGCCUACCCUGUGGGCAUCGAGUGAUGUGUGGUGCGUGCGCUGCCAAUCGAAGCACCUGCUCUGUUUGUCUACAAGAAAUAAAGCAGACGUUGAAUGCCUUUGAUUAG